AUGGCUGAUGAUUCUGAACAUGAAGAUGACCGUGACGUUCGACUAUGCACAAAGACCGUGGUCAUGUAUGGGAAGGGCGAGCAGUGGAUCCCGACUCAGAAGAACGAAGAGGGCAUGGUGUGGUUUUCGGUGAACGGCAGGUGGGACAGAGGCUUCACGAAAUUUGUGUUCGGCAAGGCCCUAGAUCUCCGGAAGGACAAGGAUAGCCGGUCGUUAAACAGCAAAUUCUUCGAUGACUUGAUGACCCAGAGACAGACGACAUUCAACGAAGUCAUCCAAAAGCGCCUGCAAAGCGAAGACGACGACCAAGAGGACACCCCGCCCCAAAACAAGAAGGUCUUCAAGAGUUUCAAAGCCACAGCUGCCAAACAUCAACAAUAUGCCCCGUAUUACAUCGACAUGCAGUUGCCUGCCAUCGAGGAAGGUGGCCCGACUCCCACAGCAAAGGUUCUCUUCGAAGGGCUUGGCAGUCAUACUUUGUGGUUUGAACUUACAGAGGCGAACUUGCGACACUUGAAAGCUGGCUUUGUGAACUCGGAGAGCAAGGAGUCCGUGGACUGGAGCUCCUUCAUGCAGGUCGAGCUGCUAGGGGGCAUGGAGGAGACGGAGGAGGGAAUGUGGACCAGCCAGUCCGGGGAGCUUCGCUGGACCAAGGGCAAGGGGUGGAGGAUCCUGAUCAAGGACGGAGGCAUGUGCCUCUUCCGGCACCCGGACAAAAGUGCCGAGAAGCCACCCCCGGAAGGCUGGGAAGCCCUCGACUUCGACAACACGUGGAUCCCCAGCACACUGCGGUUGGAGGGGGAUUUCGAUGUAGAGCCGCCGGAGGUGCCGAAUCCAUCGCUUAUAACGAAGUACUCAAUUCAGCCCUGCAUGCAGGCACGGGAGCCGAUCAACUUGGCAUCAGACAAUUCAGGCUUCGAGGAGGUCGAAGUGGAGAUGGAGAUGGGCCCCGUGGUUCUGAAGCCGAAGGCUUCCAUCCCGCCUUGGUAG